AUGUCAGGUGGUAUUAAAAAUCGGCGAAUUUCACUGGGUUCACCCAAAGAUUUGAAGGAAGUACAUUUCUUCGAAGAAGAAACAAUUCCUGAUGUUCCAGAGAAAGGUGCUCGUGUUAAGGUAUGCUACGCUGGAGUAUGUCUUACGGAUCGUGAAGUUACAAAUACGAAGCAGGCAAGAAUUACGAAUGGUAUCAAAGAUACGAGUCUUUUUCCAGGUUAUGAAGUUUCUGGUGUAGUGGAAGCAUUCGGAGAUGAUGCGAAGUGUGGGGAAUUCGAUUUGAAAAUUGGAGAUAAGGUAAUUGUUUGGCCAACGGAUGAAAUGUGCCAGCAUGGCUAUGCUGACUAUGUCACAGUACCUACGCUACAGUUUCUUAUCAAGAUUCCGGACACUCUCUCAAUGCAUGUCGCUUCUAUCCUUCCAGCCGGUGCUACCUGGGCGCUUUCUGCUGUUAUCCAAGCAAAUGAAUAUUUAGAACAGUACUACGAUAGUAAUAGGGGUAAUGAUGAUGAGGCGCGUCCAAUUGUUGAAGCAUUUUCGCAAUCAAAGGGUUUCUGCAACAUCCUCAUCGUCGGUGCUGGUGGUCUGGGACUUUGGUUACUGAAAUUGGCUAAGCAUUUUCUUUCCGGACAUCAAGAAAGAAAGAUUAAGAUUAUGGUAGCAGAUGCUCGUGAAGAACGUCUUUGCCUCGCUGAGCGUAAUGGCGCAGAUUUCGUCGUGCAUUGGGAUGAUUCUGAGUUCGAAGAAUAUCUGAUUAUGAGAACUAAAGAUGUUGCUCGUACGGGUGUUCAAGUUGUAUUCGAUUUUGUCACUUCGCCACGUACUGUUACUCGUUCGCUCAAAUGCCUUGCUGAGGGUGGUGUGUUGUUUGUUGGUGGACUGUCGGGUCUCGAUGUACAGCUUCCUAUUAAACUAGUUGCCCGCAAUCGUCUUGCAAUCAUGGGAGUUACACGUGGUUCCAUCGAACAGCUCAAAAAUCUUGUUUGUUUGAUUGCUGGAGGACAAAUAGAUGCUCCGGAUUACAGAGUUUAUCCGGUCAAUCAGGCAUCGCAGGUGCUGAAACAGCUGAGUAUGUCAGAGGUUGAGGGGCGCGCAAUCCUAGAAGUGUGCGAUCCGAAUACGGCGCUCGAGCCCGCUGUGAAUCCGUGA